GCCAGCUCCUCCGCCACCGGGGACGAAUACGGUGGGCCUGCACAUGCGCAGAGCUGUGAAUUUCCCCACGAACGGCUCCGAUUUUAACCUGGCCUCAAACCCGAGUCGACUGUCGAGCGAGAAUUAUCGUAACGCUACUUCGUGCAACCAAUCUGAGUCUCCAGUGAAGUGUAAACGUAAAUACAGAACAAUGGUCGUGCUUGAAGGUGGUGGAAUGUUAUCAACUGCAGGGAAUCAAUAUCUACAACCGGAUUACCUGUCGCCGCUACCAACAACGCUCGACGCGAAGAAGAGCCCUCUGGCCCUACUAGCCCAAACAUGCAGUCAGAUCGGUGCUGAUUCUCCAUCGACAAAACCCAUCAUCUCAUCUCUGGAUAAACCGAAAAAAUCACCUGCUGGUGACAUUCGCGCUUCUCCAGCAACCAAUAAAGAGAAGAGCAACGAGAAGCCUACCCAGCAACGUUUGACACCUCACCACGAGAGCAAGCUGGCCUUCAAACCUUACGAGAACAAUGUUGUGAAGAAGCCUGAAGAUAGUAGACCUUCUUCUAAGAGUAGUAGCAACGGUGAAGAAAAGAAGACUGAAAGCCCGGGAGCGGAGAGGAAGUCAGCUUCUCCAGCAGAAGGCGGUAGUGACAGUGAAAAAUCUCAAGAGAAGUCUUUAUCUCCGUCUGUUCGUGGCGCAAGUCCGAUCAUCAGAUCUGGCUUGGAGAUACUACAAGAACAUUCCAAGGACGCUCUAAACAACUACAAGCUAGGCGCGCUCCCGUCGGGACUGAGUAGUGGUUUGAGUGGACACUUAAGUGCUCUAUGUUGCCCGCCAGGGCUCGAAUCCGGUAACCCUGCGUUCCGGCCUCCAUUUCCGGGCGCUCCUCACUCUAUGUUCGGUUAUCCCGGAAGUCCCGGAGCUUAUCUGAGUUACGCGCGCGUCAAAACUCCGUCGGGAGGUGAAGCGUUAGUGCCGGUGUGUAAAGACCCUUACUGCACGGGAUGCCAGUUCAGCAUGCAGAACCAGCAGUUGCUGAUGAGCGGAGCUGCGGGUCCGUGUCCAUCAGGAUGUACGCAGUGUGACCACCAGAAGUAUAACUUAGCAAUGGCGAUGUCGCUGGUGCCCGGACCGGUACCACCUUCAUCCUUGGCGUAUUCCCAACUUGGCCGUCCUUACAUUUGCAAUUGGAUAGCGGGUGAUACGUAUUGCGGAAAGAGGUUCAUGACAUCAGAGGAGCUACUUCAACACCUCCGAUCCCACACGAAUGGUUCCGACCCUUCGGCUGCCUCAGCAGGUGCUCUGCUGAACCAUUCGCUCUUCUUGAGGCCUGGGUACCCGAACCCCCCGUUGAGCCCCUUGUCAGCAGCGAGAUACCACCCCUAUGGAAAGCCGUCCUUGGCCAGCUCUCUAUCAGCCUCACCUUACAGUGCUUUCAACCCGCCCUUUGGCCCUUAUUAUUCGGCGUACUCGAUGUACGGGCAGCGUAUUGGUGCAGCGGCAGUUCACCAAUAGUGUGACACUUGCGACCAGUGAGACGCGAGAUCUGUAUAACUGUGAUACUUGUAAAUAUUACCCGUGAAGUGAAACUGUAAUUAUUAUAAAAUUGAAGUGCAAUCUCCGACGUGGGGGCAAACAUGUUGUCCAUUUUAAAAUAAAACUAAAUUUCUAUGAAAUGUUGAGUUUCGAUGACGCUUUAAUAAAAUGUUUGUAGAUGUAGUUUGUGUUUUAUUGUUGAGAGUUACGAGUUUCGCUGUUUUUGGGAAUGUGUGUUGACAUUAAAUGAUCGAGUAAAACAGAAUAAUUCCAGGAAAAAUUGAUAUAACGUCGCUUGUUUAUGAUAUUACUUUUGCCAAAUCUGAAUUGUGAAGCUAAUCCUGUGUCUCCAUAGCUGAAUGCGUUAUUCUAUUGGAGACUUAUUUUUGGCGUUUUGACAAAAGUGUGAUAGAGAACGACAAUAUAAUUUUAUUCACUAAAUUUUCGCUGGUUACUUUUUUGUCUAGAGUAGCAAUACAUACUUAGUUGCAAAGAGGAAAAAAAACAACCUGAAUCAAUAGCAGAGGUAAUAUUUUUGUGCAUUGAUUGACAAUUCUACUUCAGGAACAAGUGUGUUUGAUAGAUAGGUACUUCAUGAGUUUUACUAAAAUAUAUUUAUAAAUAUAAAAUGAUCACUUGUUGGCUAUCAUCCUAGUAAAAAAACCUAUUUUCAAAUAAAUAUGUUUCUGAAACGUCAAAACAUACCUGAUUGAAAACGUCUCCAAUUAAAGAAUCAUGUUUUGUAAUUUAUGUUCAAUUUUAGGUUUCUGAUCAAGUAUUUCGUUGUCAUGUAUACUUUAUCUGAAGUCACUUGAAAUAGCAUAAAAACCUUUGGUCGGCGCGUCCUUUGUAAUUUCAUGACGUAUCAUAGGCGUGCGGUCAUUUAUUUAGAAC